AUGACAAUUUGGCAGGUUCGAGCAGCACCCACCAGAGAGCAGCCGCAGCAGCAACGACAGCAGCCGGCCACUGCCCCAGCCCCGGGGCCACCACAUCACUACCAACAGCAGCAGCAACAACACCAACAACAGCCGCAGCAGCCAGUUGCAGUCGCAGCGCCCGCCAGCAGCAGUGCGCCUGGUGGCGGGCCGGCGUACUACGGCGUCCAGCAGGUGCGGCGCAUCGUCGUCUCCCAGCAGCAGCAGCAGCAGGGCCAGGGCUACCAGUCAGCGCGGCCCCAGCAGUACCAGGGACAACAACAGUACCAGAGCCAGGCAGCGCCGGGGCAGGCGCCCCGAUACGUAGCCCCACCCCAGCAACAACCGGCAAGCCCCAGGCCGCAGCAGCAGCCGCUGCUCAGGAGAAUCGACAGCAGGCCACUGCUACUGCCCCAGCAGCAACAGCAACAACAACAACCACAGUACCAACAACAACAACCACAACCACAACAGCAGUACCACUACCCUCAACAACAGCAAGUUUCACAUCAGCAACAACAACAACCAACACAACAGUAUCAGCAGCAACAACCACAACAAAAAUACCAGCAAUUGGUGCAACCACCACAACAAAACAAACAGCCACUUCAGCAGGGUCAGUUACAACAGCAACAAUACCAACCACAACAGUACCAUCAGCCUCAGUUGCACCAGUCACAAACACCCCAAGUUCAGCAGCAGCAACAACUACAACAGAAUCUUGCCCACCCUCCAUCAAACUAUCAGACACGACCAUUAGGUUUACAACCACAGCAGCAGCAACUGCAACAACAGAUUCGGUACAUUCCACCACCACAACAACAACAACAGCAGCAGCAGCAGCAGCCACAACAGAGGCUAACAGUCACUACUCCCACACAACCACGUCCUCUCCAGAGACUUCAACAGGUCGUUUAUCGACAAGUGAUUCAGCAACAGCCUGGAAAACUACAGUUUGCCCAGCAGCAGCAGGUGUACCAUCAACAGCCACAAGCAACCCAGCAACAACAGCAGAUCACCAGUCCCCAACAACCGGCCCUACAGCCUGCGAGGGAUGUUCCUGCGCCGCAGAAUGCUGCGCCACCCCUGGUGAAUGGUGUAAUGGGCGGAGAGCACUCCAGACUCCAGCACAACCAGAGUGGUCUCGGCAAACACAGGAGCUUCAGCGUCAGUGGCACCGCGCCACCUCCCUCUGCAGCUGGCUCCCAGCCUGAGGAGGACAGGAGGAGGUCCAUAGCAGUCGUCAGUGGUACCCAGGCUCAGCAGCAGAACCCAGGGUCUGCGAGCCAGGGACCGGGGCUCAAGCGGCAGUCGUCAGUCUUUGGUUUCAUCAAACGAGCGAGGGAGCACUCUCAGAGCCGAGCAAUGGACCAGCAGCAGCAGCAGCAACAGCAGCAACAGUCGCAGGCACAACAUCCCCAGCCUCCAGAACGGGAAGCGACACCCAGUGGUACUGGGGCCGGAAUGGCACCGUCGUCAUCUCCAGUGCCCCCGAGGGUAGCCAGCCAGCCAGAGGGCGAUGGUCAACAACAGUCCAGCUCUCCAGCCAAGACUGUCCAAAAUGGACAAGCUACAUUAGUGAAAGAUGAUCAGAAAAAGCCAGACCAGCAGCCAGUAGUAUCUCAAGCCAAUAAUGGAGCCACAACACAGCAGCAGCAAGCGCAAGCAGCAGUUCUGCAAACGUCUGGUGGCUCUAGUGAGAAGGAAUGUUCUGUAUCAUCAGGAGUAAAAGCUGAAGCGGAGCAGUCUAGCAAGGAUAUUGCUGCUAAACCAGCUGCCAGUCAGAAACUUCCUGCAGAUGAGUCUUACAAAUCUGAAGAUGUACUGGUCAAUGGUGAAAUUGCUGAGUCUCUUUUUCAGCGUCCUGCAUCCAGUCUCGAACACGAUGACGACAAAGAUGUAGUGGUCAUGCAGGCUCCACACAACCAUGUGAAUGGUCAAUAUGAUGGGGCUGGAGAGGCAUCUGAAGAUGAUGAUGAUAAGGAUGUUAUCGUUGCUGGAAACAAAAAGGCGGAGGAUCGUCCAGCUAGCGCUAUGGGAAAGGAGUCUCCAGCAGGUCAAAGCAAGAAGGGGACUCCAGGUGGCCUGGGUGGAAAAGAAUCUCCAAUAUCUCAAGUGCCGAAGGAGUCUGCAGUGGCAACAGUAGGCAAGGAAUCAGUGGUAUCUUCAGAGGACAAAGAAUCACAUCUUCCCCCAGUAAGUACGCAGACGCCUCCUCCAGAUUCUGGCAAAGACUCACCAGUGCUCGCAGUUGUCAAGGACUCGCCAACACCUCCGGUGCGCAAAGAUUCGCCUGAAGGUAAAGUAGGAAAGGAGUCACCUGUACCUCCAGUGGGGAAGGCCUCUCCUGUUCCACCAAUGAGCAAGGAGUUGACUGCAUCUACAGUGGGAAAAGAGUCGCCUGUGCCUCCUGUAGGAAAAGAAUCCCCUGAACCCCCACUGGGUAAGGAAUCGCCUGUACCUCCAGUGGGCAAGCAAUCACCCUUACCUCCAGCAGUGGGUAAGGAAUCACCAUUACCUCCAGCAGGCAAGGAAUCCCCUUUACCUCCAGCAGGCAAGGAAUCACCUUUACCUCUAGCAGGCAAGGAUUCACCCUUACCUCCAGUGGGCAAGGAUUCACCCUUAUCUGCAUUGGACAAGGAAUCGUCCUUACCUCUGGUGGGUAAGGAGUCGCCCUUACCUCCAUCAGGCAAAGAAUCGCCUUUACCGCUACCAGGCAAGGAAUCCCCUGUUCCCCUGUCAGGCAUGAAAUCGCCCUUACUUCCAGCAACCAAGGAUUCGCCCUUACCUCCGUCAGGCAAGGAUUCGCCCUUACCUUCAUCAGGCAAUGGUUCACCCUUACCUCCAGCAGGAAAGGAUUCACCCUUACCUCCAGCAGGAAAGGAUUCACCCUUACCUCCAGCAGGAAAGGAUUCACCCUUACCUCCAGCAGGAAAGGAUUCUCCCUUACCUCAACCAGGCAAGGAUUCGCCCUUACCUCCACCAGGUAAGGAAUCCCCUAUACCUCCAACAGACAAGGACUCGCCCCUACCUUCGGUAGGAAAGGUUUCACCUUCACCUUCAGCAGGCAAGCAGACACCACAACCCCCAGCAGACAAGGAAUCACCAGUGCCUCCAUCACACAGAGAUUCACCUGAUCCUACAGGAGCUACACGAGUCUCAGCAAGUGAAAACUUAUCAAGAGGGAAUGGCACUGGGCCGGGGGACAUCGAGACCUCGGCGGCGCUUGGUGGCAAAAUGUCCCCCACUCCUCCAAGUGGGAGCAGGGAGGAGCAAAGAGCUUCACCAGGGCCGCUCUCGAUGAGGUCAGGAAGCAGUUCUGGGAAGGUAUCUCCAGUCAGCAAGGACACAGAGAAACCAGGAGUUCCAGUACCCACUGCAACAGAUCAGAAGAUGGAGCCCCAUUCUCCGGAAACGAAGAAAGAGGAAGCUCCUCAGACAGCGGCGGCAACGGGGAAAAUGGACGAGAUCCCGGAGAGACAGAUUUCGAAUGGAGCUCCUCCAACGCGAGGCACGGGCAGUUUGCAGCGAGAGCCUCCAGAACGAGACGCCGCUCGUUCACCCGAAGAAGCCAAGAGACGACCAGAAGAAGCGGACAUUCCUGCAUCACUGACUCCACGACCACUGUCAGCCAAAUCAGCUGCACUUCCAGCUACCACAGCAGCUUCAACACCUGCUGGUACAGCACCGACACGGGAGGACGACACGGCAGCAGAAGCGACGGAGGAAGAGCGGCAGGAGGUGCUGCAGGACGGUCGUAUCGAUGCGAAGCUGAAGGACAGGAAGUCCCCGACGACUCCACCUCCUUCGCCAGCGACCACAGUAGACGUCAAGGCCACUCGGGAAGAGGAAGGGGGCGAGAAGAAGGUGCACGAGGACGGUCCGAAGGAGCAACUUUUUUCAAGUCCCACAGCAGGAGUUGCAGCCAGCGGGUCUCCAGAACCAGUCGCCGCCAGACCACCAUCUCGACCAGCACCAAUUGCGGCGACGGACAGCCCAGAGACGACUCCAGCGUCCCGGGUUUCUCCAGCAACUUGCCCGGCAAAGAGUGAAUCUGCCACUAACGUUACUGCAACUAAGCCUCCGUUACCGACAGACGAGACACCUCAGAAAGAUGACACGACAAAGGCAAAAUCGAAGAGUCCGUCUCCGGACCUGCAAGAGCACUCCCCUCCUCCAGCCUCUUCUUCUCCAGAUGUUGGAAAGCCACCUGUCUCCCCAGACAUCAGGAAGCUCACCUCGCCAGUGGCGGCGUCCAGCAUAGAGGACCUCCCAGAGCGCGAACGUGAGCUCCUGCAGUCGAUUGACUCGGUGAACGGGGCCGUGGACUCGCGACCACAGUCGGCUGCCCUUUUGAAGGAGCCCACACCGUCGCCAACAGUCCUGGACGGUAAGUCGAAGUCUCCGUCGCCGACGUCGCCCAAGUCACCGACGCCCACGGCUGCGAAAUCCCCACUGCCACCCCCGGGCAAGUCUCCGACGAUGAAGACACCGAGCCCAAAAUCUGCGUCUCCGAAGCCUUCUUCGCCCGAAGCCAAAGAGGUUGGAGAGAAAGAGCUGCAAGCAGAGACUGAAAAACUCGAUAAGGCUGGAACUUCUCCAACGGAGAUGAAACAGUCGAGCCCUGUAGACACUAAGAAGCCCCCCACACCACUGGCAGAGGCCAGAUCUGCCACACCCGAGAAGGGUAAGGUGUCGCCAGCCACAGCCAAAUCGCCACCACCAGUGGACAAAAAGAUGCCGUCACCGCCUCCUACAGAUGGGACAAAGAAGUCUCCAUCACCUCCGAUCACAACUCAGAUGGUCUCACCAGUUCCGGCAACUGCUUUACCAACAUCCAGAGAGUCGCCGGUACCUGACAAACGAGCCGAGACGCCAGGCCCCUCUGCAGCUCCUGAGGGGGGCCCCACACCGGAGGAAGUGGCCAAAGUGUCCUUGGGAGCCAAAUCGCCCUCGCCGACUGGCAAAGCCAGUCCUGCACUGGCCGGCAAAGUCAGCCCCGCACCAUCAGACAAAGUCAGCUCUGCAUCAGCUGACAAAGCCAGCCCCACACCAGACGAUGCUGCCAGUCCCGCACCAGGUGAUGCAGUCAGCCCCGCACUGGCUGACAAAGCCAGCCCCACACCAGCUGACAAAGCCAGCCCCACACCCGCUGACAAAGCCAGCCCCACGACGGCCGACAGGGCCGAGUCACCUCCGCCGGCAGAGCCGGACAAGGGGCCCGAGGAGGACACGGUCCGGCAGGUGCAGGUCGAGAUCGAGGACGCGCAGGCACUGGCCAACGGGAAGCUCUCGUCGCCAGAGGAGGAGGACGCGGGGUCCAAGAAGCCUGGGCUGGUGAACGGCGUGGUGAAGCCUACCAAGCUGCAGGUGACCUCCGCCACCUCUGCGGCGACAAAGCCCGCGGCCGGCGACACCAGGCGGCGGCCCCUGCGCCGACGUGCCAAGGACCCCACAAGCGCCAGCGCGAGGAAAGAGGGUGAUCAUGACAGCGGCGUGGACGAGACCACACAGGGAACAGAGGGCGCGGCCAACGGCGAGUCGGGCGCGGGCUCUCCCAAGAAGUCCCCGUCUCGCAUCCCGGGCCGGCGGGCCGCCUCUUCGCCCACCAAGGCGCCGCGCUCGCCGCUCAAAGCCAAGCUCACUCCCACACAGGCUGAGGCCCCACCAGCGCCAGAGAAGAAGAAGGUGCCGAUGAACAAGGUCCAGGUGGGGUCCGCGCCGUCGCCCAACCUGAAGACGGUGCGCUCCAAGAUCGGAUCGCUGGACAACGCGAGCUACAAGCCGGGCGGCGGGCAGGUCAAGAUAGAGAGUCGGAAACUGGACUUCAGCAAGGCGCAGCCCAAGAUCGCCGCCAAGAACGACGCGUACGUGCCGGGCGGCGGCGACAAGAAGAUCCAGCAGGUGAAGCUGACCUGGAACGCCAAACCCAAGGUGGGCUCGCUGGAGAACGCGACGCACAAGCCGGGCGGCGGCGACAAGAAGAUCGAGACGGUCAAGCUGGACUUCAAGGACCGCGCCAAACCCAAGGUCGGCUCCAAGGACAACGUGAAGCACUCGCCGGGCGGCGGCAACGUCAAGAUCGAGAGCCACAAGCUGGAGGUGAAGGCGGAGAGCAAGGUGGGCUCGCUGGCCAACGUGACGCACAAGCCGGGCGGCGGCGACGUCAGGAUCUUCGACGACAAGGACUACCUGCGCCAGCGCUCGCUCAGCAGCAGGGCGUCCUCGGAGGGCAGAGCCUCGGGCGCACAGAGUCCAAUGAUCUCGGCGUCUCCCAGCAGAGCCCUUUCGGAGAUUGGCGACUGUUAGGAUAUUCAAUCACCACAGCUGCUUACAGUGGAUGCUACCAAUGUGGUAUACUUUUCAGCUGUCUGACGAUUGCUAACCAAGCAGUCGACUAUGUUUUCCUUGUAUGACAUGUAUGAAAUGGACUGUGGUAGUGAUUUAAACAGUAAGCUGUUUUACAAUAAGUUUGUAUACAUACUGAGCAUUUUAUUGUUAUAUGUAAACAUUGUUUUCAAUAGUACUUUCUAACAGUUUUCAUCUAACAGCAAUAUUGAUGUAACACACCAUGGUAUUCCAAUCAAAAGGAUGUAUGUUACUAACUGCUGUAAUAUAUUUCAGUAAAGUGAAAAGAGACUUGAAUAUUAAAGAUGGAAUCACAACGAUUCCUGGUUUCUAUAAUGUGAUUCUCGUCUACUAAUAGUUUUGCAGUCUACUUUAAAAGCAAGCAAUAUCUACUAACAUGGUUUGGAGGACAAAGAUAUGGUAUCAUGUUUGUUCAACAGGUUAACAAAUUAUGUGCUCUAAUUUCUUUGUAUGUAAAUGAAAAUUUGGUGAAUAACUGAUACUGAGGAUGCAUCUAGAAUAAAUGCAAUGAACAAAAUAAACUAAAAUAGUCUACCGUUGAUAUUAUUUGUAUUAAUAGAUAAAGUAAUAUCACAAUUAAGUAAGAAAUGAACAUAUAUAGCUUCCAUUAAUUUAAUCAACAACAAAGAUUGACACUGUUCAAGAAGUACCUCCAAUUUCAGCAAUAAAAAAUAGCAUGUAAUCAACUGGACUGUCUUGUUAAUAUAAAAAACCUAUUUUCUGAUAAUAUUGUGACAGAUGAAUGAGAAUGAAAAUUAUGGAUGAUGAUAACCAUCUUAAAUCUUCAGAAGGCAAAACACAUAAUUGCAUCCAGCACAAUUACCUACUCAAUUAUCAAACGAUUUUUCAGCAUACUAUGAUAGAAUUUAAUGAUUUUCAUACUUUCUUCAAUAUGUGGUUGAUAUUUGAUUUGAUAUUACUGUAACUCUACUAAUUCUGAUGUUCCAAGCUGCUAAAUAUAAUUUUAAGCUAGAAAGAAUUUAUAUCAAACACACAGCUUUUUUGGUUAUGGCUGCUCCCUUUCACAUCACCAAUUUUGGUGAACACAGUACUCAUAAAUUUAGUAAUAGCAUUUUAUAUUGUCAAAUAUGCCUUUUAAGCAAACAAAAGUAUUAAAAAUUGUUCAUUUAA